AAAGCCACCAGCACUCACAGCUCGACAUCAGUUCAGCGCAAAGUGAGCAAGUGUGCAAAGCUACAAGAAAAAAAGCAGCUAGUUCUUAAUACAAAGUUACAAUAAAAUUCAAGUGUUGAGCAGAGAAAAAGUGUUAAAAACUGAAAAGCAAAAUGUCGAUCAUCCCAAUUCUGUUCCGAGACAGCUUCAUGGAUGACUUCCUGGACGAUUUCAUGGAGCUUCCGAGGGAACGAUUCUUCACCAGAGCAUACCCAAAUGAUAUGCUGAUGGCCAUUAAUAACUUGCCCCUCCGUCGAGGAUACCAACGAUCUUGCCCGUACAAUCAAGUUAGAAAGGAAAACCAGGCUAAGGAUGGCAGCUUCCAAGUCAGCGUUGAUGUUCAGCAUUUCAAACCAGAGGAAAUUUCCGUUAAAAUGAAUGGAAAUUACGUCACAGUUGAGGGAAAGCACGAGGAAAAGCAGGACGAGCAAGGUUACGUGUUUAGACACUUUGUCCGAAAGUAUCAGUUGCCAGAAGGACACGAUCUGGAGAAGGUAGCGUCGUCACUCUCAUCCGAUGGAGUGCUCACCAUUAAAGCUCCCAGAUUGGCACUGCCAGAAGCACCAGAGACGGACAAGUUCAUUCCUAUUGUGAAAACGGGAAAACCUGCCAAGCAAAUCGAAAAUGGAAAUGUCAACAAAGAAAAUAAGACAAUUGCUGCUGAAAAACAGUGAAAUGCAUUUGUAACCUUACUAAUUAUUAUUAAAUUAUUCAUUGCCAUUUUUCCGUUUUCAUUGCCAAAGACUUCUCAGUUGAGGAAAUAAAUAUAAGAAAUUAGUUUUGCAUACCAAAAAA